GAAAGUUCUCCAGCAGGAAAGCGGCGGAGGUUCCUCAGUCUUCAGUUAAAGUGUUUCUAUCGCCAAAUACCAUUCAAACUUGAAGAUGUCAGAUCUAGAGGAUGAGAUUAAAGUGUUGCGGCGAAAGGUGCAGGAUGGUGAAGAGGCUCUUCAAAGGGCUGGACAGUAUGGACUUCAACUUUUGGAUGAAAAAAUGGAACUGCACAACAGAUUGGAAGAACAACGAACUGAGAUGUCCAAUGUUAUUGAGGCCCUGGAACAAGAUAAAUACUCUUUGCAAAGAGAAGUUGAGUUAAAGAUCCGCAUGUUGGAGAGUCUAAGGUCUGAAUUUGAUCUUGUCAGAACCCAACAAAAACAUCAAAUGGAGCAGCAACAAACACUGCUGGAGAGGAACCAUGCUGUGGAGAUCAGCGACUUAAAAAACAAGGUGGUGAAAAUGAAGACUGAUUUAGAGGAGGCUCAGCUUGCCGAGAAGCAGAUGAGACACAAGCUGGACCAGCAAGCUGAAGCACUAAACAGCAAAACUGAAGAACUGCGUGCCCUCACAGAACGCGCACAUGAAACAAUGUCCUCAGAGAUCCUUGAGCUGCAAGUGCAGAAGAUGGAGUUGGAAUCUGCAAUGGCUACUCUGGAGCAGGAGCUUCAGGAGGCUCAAUACAAAGACGAACAGUUACAUUUGGCCAACACCACCCUCCAGAGGCAACUAGAGAGACUCACAGAAGAGAAGGAGGAGAGAGAGAAAGAGGCAGUGUCUUGCUAUAACGCUUUGGAGAAAGCUCGUGAGGCAAACCAAGACCUUCAGAUCCAGCUGGAGCAGGUGUUGCAGCAGGCACAAGAUCCAAACAGCAAAGGCAAUUCCUUGUUUUCUGAGGUAGAAGACAAGAGAGCAGCAAUGGAGCGGCAGCUGAACAGCAUGAAAAGAAAUUAUGAGUCUCUUCAAAAGCAACAUGUCCUUACCAAACAACAUAUGCACCACAUGAAGAUGCAGAUAGCCACUCUUAUGCAGCUCCAGGGCAACAGGGCCGACCCAGCCCAGCUUGAACGAUUGCAAUUCAUGUUAUCUGACAAGAACAAAGAGAUAGAAAGCCUGAUGAUGAAAGUAAGAGAACUGGAGAAAGAGAAGAUGGCUGUAAAAGACCACCAUCCACAUCCUCCAUCUAAUGAAGGCGAGCUUAAGGAUGAGACAUAUUACACAGAUCUAUUAAAAAUGCAACUUGCAAAUUCAAAGAAGGAUGCUGAGAAACUAAAGGAAGAGUUAUCAAUGGCGAGAAUGAAGGCUCUCUCUGAAAGUCAGAGAGUAUUGGAGUUGGAGAGGAAACUCUAUGGCACAGAGCAAGCACUGAAACUAAGACACAGUGACAAUAUGAAGCUUCAAGUCAAGCUUGAAGAACUAAAGAUUAAAUACACACCUAAUGAGGUGAACAAAGCACAAGUACAGAAACGCCGUCGGGAGAAGUUUCCUGUUCCAGAAGAAAACUCUGCAUCUGUAAAAGACGAAACCACAACCCAGGAUACCGAGCCAAGCAAGAACUCGAAUGAAAAAGCAGAAGAAAAAACCCCCAGUCAUCCUGUCGAGAAGCCAGUUGUGAUCCCAUUGCAGUCUGAACAACCCACCGAACCCAACCCUGUCCUGUCUCGGGAGAGCAAGUCUGUCCGCAUUUGUGAGGAUCCUCCAGUAUGCAUUCCUGAUGCACCCAGGUCUCCAGUAAAUGACUCCAAUAGCAAGAAUGUGGAUCAGACUCAUCAAAGCAGCGAAGAGGAGGAAAACUGGAGAACUGAAAAGAAGAGGAAAAAGUACCAACAACCCACUCAUGUUAGCUCACAAAAGACCAUGGCUAAUGAGUGCGCUCAACAGUAGUGUCUCUAAUUCAGUAUGUGAAUCAUAUCAUAUGUUUAAGAUAAGAUCUGUAAUGUUGAAGCUGUGGCAUGUCUGUCUGUGAAUGAUUUGUUGUGCAGUUUGUCAUUUUUACAUUCAGUAAACCGUCUGUAAUAUAAUUAAUUAGCAUGUUGAAAUAAAAGAGUGAAUGAAUUGAA